AUGGCCCAAGGCGCCGAGAAAGACGUGAUGUCAUCGCCGUCGCCAUCGCCGUCUGAAGAGACACUAAGACAACCACAACGAGAUCAACACCAACACCAACACCAACACCAGCAUCAACUCCAAGUACAGCAUGGAGAUGAACACUCAGACAACCAUAUAGACAUCGAGAGCAUCAGAUCCAGCGAAGAGCCUGUUCCGGUGCUGGAACCACCUCCUCACCAUCACCACCACCACCUCCACAAGAAAAACAACCAAUAUGACGACGUCGCAGAAAAUGGCAUUCGCUACGAGUACCUCACCUUCGAAACCGAGAUUGUGUUUGACGAGAUAUGCGCGACAAGCAAUAUCCCUCCGCCGAACUUGAAGAAAUACCAAUCACCACUGACCUGGUCAGCGACGCACAAAACGAUCAUAUUGAUCCUGUCAUGCUAUUGCACCUUCAUGGCCGCAUACAGCGCGGGCGCCUAUUCGAUCGCAUCGGCACCCCAGCGGGCCAAAUGGCACGUAUCCGAAGUCGUCUUCAACACGGGCGUUACGACAUGGUGUCUCGGGUUCGCGACGUCGCCCAUGAUCCUGGCGCCCUUCUCUGAAAUCAACGGGCGCCGGCCCGUCUUCAUCGGCUCGGCCGUCAUGUUCAUGGCCGGGCUGAUCGCGUGCGCGACCACCCCGUCGUUCGCGGGCAUGUUGGUCGCCCGCUUCUUCGUUGGCGCCGGCGCAAGCACCUUUGCCACCAUGGUCGGUGGCGUUGUGUCGGACCUGUACGACGCUCGGCACCGCAAUACCCCGAUGGCCGUGUACAGCGGCUCAGCGCUCGUCGGUACAGGCCUUGGCCCGCUCUGCUCUGGCUUCAUUGUCGGACGGGCCAAUUUCCGCUGGGUGUACUACCAUCAGAUCAUCUCGCUCGGCAUCAUGCUCGUCGUGGUAUAUCUGUUCUUCAAAGAGACGCGAGGCUCGGUCCUGCUCAGCCGCAAGGCGAAAGUGCUCAACGACUACCUCGACAAAGUGCACAGGAGCAACGGCGACAACAACGGCAAAGGUAAUAGCACACUGGCACCGCUGGGCGACAAACCAGACACCCAUACCGCAAUCCACCACCACAGCCAUGUCCGUCUGGACCAGGAUUCUACCACCAUCCAAGACGAAAAGCACAUGGCUGGUAUCGACAAUGACACCUCCAACAACCACCAUCCACCCACCCGCACGCGGUACAAAGUCGCGGCAGACGAUUCGCGCUCCUCACUGGCCCACAUGCUGUAUCUGUCACUCACGAUCCCGUUCAAACUGCUGGCGACCGAACCUGUGGUGUUCUUCUUUUCGCUCUGGAUCUCUUUCGCCUGGGCACUGCUGUACAUGACUUUUUCCGUGCUGCCGCUGGUCUUCUCCACCCGCCACGGCUUCACGACCGAACAGAACGGCGCCGUCUUUGCCGCCAUCACCAUCGGCACGGUGGUGGCGACCGUCGUCUCCAUCUUCCAGCCCAUCCUGACCAAUCGCCGCUGGCCCAAACUGACCACCAGCCCCGAGGGCCGGCUGUACUUUGUCUGUCUCGAGUCCGCUCUGCUGCCCGUCGGUCUGUUCUGGUUCGGCUGGACCACGUCCGCGUCGGUGCACUGGAUCUCGCCCGUGCUCGCCAUCGGCGUCGCCGAGAUGGGCAUCUUCGUCAUCUACCUCGCCGUCUUCAACUACUUGGCCGACGUCUACCAUCGCUACGCCUCGUCCGCGCUGGCCGCCCAGAGCUUUAUGCGCAACACCCUGGCCGCCGUCUUUCCGCUAUUCACCGACCAGAUGUUUCGCACCCUGGGCUAUCCCGCCGCCAGUAGUCUGUUGGGUGGUAUCAGUGCUGUCUUGACCCUGGUCCCUUGGGUUUUGUUGUUCAACGGCGAGAAAAUCCGCGCCAGGAGCAAAAUCGCGAGGCAGAUCAUGGCGCAUGCUACGUGA